CCGAGUUCCGGGAGCCAGAGUUUCGCUCUUUCAAUAACUCGCGCAAAGGUUGAUGACAGUUUGUUGGUGUGGUGCGCUAUAUAUUUCCGUGGUUGCUGGCGUCACCCGAUGUAGCAGCUGCUGUCGGUCAUGUAGGCGGAGAAUAGGGCGUUGUGCUUCAAUUUUAUCCUACGGAGCAGAGGCACACCGCAUGCACUGGGUGGAAUAGCAUAUUUGCAUCCCAAAAUGGCGGGGAACAUCUGUGUGAAAAAACAAUCGAGAAUGUUUUACCAAAAGCUGGUCUUGGGGGUAGACGUCGGUGUUUGUGAAAAGUCAAUUUCAAUCCUUUAAUACCCGUGGGUCACGCCGGCGUCGUUCACGGUUUCCGGAAGUUAUAGAUUUUACUUCUCUCGACUUUCCACUACGCCUUCCCAACCAAUCCACUUCACCUCUGCGGUCCUCAAGAGUAUUAUUGAAAGAGUGAUGAGUUUACGAGAGCUGAGCCAUUCGAAGGACUAUACACAGAGAGUACACCAUCUAGUGCUGCUAGGAGUUGCCAUCCAGGUUGAGCGAAACUCUUCGUUUCUCGGAAAAGAGCAGAGCUACACGACGCAGCAGGCGUUGUCACGGAAGCGAUUUGCUUGUUGGUCGUGAAAUGACAUCUAAUCCUGCCACAGUCGCACUUUUUAGUGAUCUCGGUGAAUGUGAAUGGUAGCCAGUGCUAGAUUCAGUGAAAAGUAAUCCUGAAAAUUUGGUUUUCUGUGCGACAGUUACAGUUUCAUUGAAGUAUUUCCAACGCAUGCCAAUAGAUUAGUUCCCGAGUCAAAGUGUUGCUGCUGUGGGAGGUGCUUGGAUUCAUCAUUCCGCCAACACAGGCCAUCAACCAACAACAGAGAUUUCUGUGCUGAGCGGCUCGUCGCGCUGUCCGUAGCUAUUGCCAUCGGUGGUGGUGGAUUAGUUUAACUGUUGCUGCUGUAAAGUUCGUCAGGGCGCCGGUGGGGGUUGAUUUAGUCAAACUCCCCUUACCUUCGUUACGAGAGAAUAAACAUCUCACAAAAAUCAGUCCAAAUGCAGGACUAGAGCAACGCAAAUAGCCCAGUGACGGAGACCAGGUGGUAGAGAACCGAGAGCACAACCAACCGGAUUCACCUGAAACUAUAGAGUGGAGUAAAGAAGGAAAGCGGCACACAUACAAGAUGGUAGACUACUAUAAAGUUCUGGACGUUUCCAGAUCGGCGACAGAGGCGGAAAUCAAAAAAGCAUACAAAAAGUUAGCCCUAAAAUGGCAUCCAGAUAAAAAUCCUGACAACCCAGACGAGUCCAACAAGCGGUUCAAGGAAAUUUCCGAAGCAUAUGAAGUACUCUCCGAUGCCUAUAAACGGAGAACUUACGAUAACAUGCGGAAGGCUGGUUGCAACGGUUCGGCUGGUAGCAGCGCCAAUGGCACCGGCAAUGGUUUCGGUGCUCGGCGUGAUACCAAGUACUCCUCCAGUUACUUCACCAAUCGCGACUACAGCAGUAGUCGCAGCAAUGGCAACUACGAUCCGUACCACCACUACCAUCAACGCUACGAUCCACCCAACGGUCGCGACCACUAUACCGCCAGCGGCGGCAGUCGUACGUUUUCGUUUCGAGGAUUUUUUGAGACGACGCCAUUUUUCCGCUUCUUUGAAAAGAAACGUCGCAUCUAUGAUCAGUACGGCAAGGAGGGACUGUUGAACAAUGGAGGUGCAUCGGAUCGGUACCAUCAGAGCACACGCCACCGGCGGCACAAUGGUAACGGCGUCGGCGUUGGCAUGGAUGACUUCGAGUUCUUCGGUUUCCCGUUCACAUUCCGUGACCCGGAGGUGGUGUUCCGAGAGUUCUUCGGUGGCUCACCGUUCGAUGAGUUGUUCAGAGUCAGUCAACCCGUUCAUCACAAUGGUCGACGAGCAGCAAAUGGGGCUAGCAAUGGGCACCAUCACCACCAUCAUCACCAUCAAAGACACUCGCACCCGCAGAAUAUUAUCUCGUCCCCGUUCAUGACCCCGUUCAUGAGCAUUAAUCUGAUGGACGAUUUCUUCAAUGGCGGCGAUCCGAUGGGCCAUCGGAGUGGUGCGGUCAGCUCGAUCUCGGAGUUUAGUAUGGGCGGCGGUGGUCCCGUCAAACGCACCUCCACCUCGACCACCUUCGUUAAUGGCAAGAAACUGAUGACGAAAAGGGUGUUCGAGAAUGGCACGGAAACGAUAAUGUCCUACGAGAACGAUGUCCUAAAAUCAAAGACUGUCAAUGGGGUCGCUCAAGCUAUAUCGUACAACCAUUAGAAUGUGGGAGGUUAGAGUCGGACGAAGAGGGCGAAGAAGUAGUGGAUAGUUUAUUAAUAAUUGAAACAAAACAGAACAGAAAACAGGCGCUUAAAGAACUACGCUCUACCGUACCGUUCCGGGGAGGGUAGAAAUGAAUUCCAAGCGAAUUAUGGGCCAGAAGUGUGAGCCGGAUUACGGCGGGGUAAUCUACCCAGUCAGAAAUCCGUGCCGAGUUGUGCUGUGCUCUCGUCUAUUUAGUGGCUGGUUGGCUAUAAGUAGCGAUCGACAAAGAUGAGUAGAGAGAAAACAAUUAAAUUUUCAUAGCUACCACCACCUCCUAGCAAAACAAAAAUGCCCUACCCCUGAAGUUACACAUCUUAGGUUUAGUCGAUAAUUAAUGAUAAAAUGCGUAGGGAGUUUGACGAGUAAUUUAUGUAUGUAUAACAAAAAAGAUCACCUGGCGCCGCGGCAUCCACGACUAACGAAUCAAGAAGCGUAAGCCGAAUAUAUAGAGGGUCGGUUUGAAAUCACGAUGAAGUUACACGACUGGACAUAAAGGAUGUAAGGAGCAAACACUCAAGAGGAAAACGAUAGGGAUGACAUGGAGAGAAUGAGAGAAAGAAUUCGUGGUGGGUUAGGUGGUGGUAGACGAAGGAGAUUCUGAAGAAGAUGGAGUGCCAGGAUGAAGGACGGAAGUAUUUUGAAUUGGUAGAUGAAAUUGGUUUGGCAUUUUGAUAAUGGCCCUGCAGUUGGAUAGCGUUUGCGAUUUGUUUGAGCCCACAAAGCACCAAUUGCCUUCUACAGUUGGUUAGUUCUGUACAACAAUAUAUUUGAUGAACAAAAAAACUGUGUCUAACCAGGGAUUCAGCGGAUAAGAAAGAAAUGUUUUGUGUGCGCCUUUAGGUCCGAUCGUUUUUCUUUACUACGGUCUGGCCAAGGAGUGUAGAUGAUCCGCUCUCUACUGUCCCGUUGAUAGCAUUAACAGUCAUCCAAAAUAUUUAGAGCAGCAUCCCGGGCAGGGAUUUGAAAUCCGCUGGUUGGAAUAAUCGUUCGGAAAUCAUUUUUAAAUGAAACCUCUGAUGAUCUAUUGGCGAUAUCUCGAGAGCAAUGAAAGAAAAAAACAGCCGAGAAAAUAUUUAAUAGUUUAGUUUCGUUCGUGAAAGCAGUUAAAGAUAAAAAUAAA